GAGGUUCAGUUGCGCUGUGACCUCCGUGAAGGCAACAUUGCAACCCCUGCAGCUCAAGACUUGUCACCUGUCACCUGCCACUCACCUGACCUGCUUACCUGCCCGUCUGCUCACCUGUGUAUUCUUAAGAAUGUCGCGGUGUGUCACAUGUGUGGCUGUGGUGGCCCUCAUAUGCAUCACCCAGGUCACGCCCUUUCCCCAAGACUUCCCCGUGCCCUUGCGAGACUCCCCCAGGGCACUGCUAUCCCGCCCCUACAGGCCCCAGAACAUCCAGCUGGCGUCGUUAGUGGAAAGCUUCGCCCAGAAUGACAUUGGAAAAGGUUACAUGUUUGACUUCAACCUACCAGACACUUCUGAGCUGGACAAGAUGCCUCCCCUUCCCUCCCCGCCUAAAUUUAACAUCAAUACCUUCACUUUCAAUGAAAAGAAUGUGCGCACGCCAGGUGACAUCUUCAGCCUCCUAGCGGAUGUCAACGGAGCAAAGAACGAAGCGUCGACCAAGAAAGCGCAGACGUCCACCUCCGGGGAAUUCAAAACGAAGCAGAAAUCCGAGGCUUCGAAACUGGAAAGCGAGUCUAUUAGCGACGGGGCAACGAAGAAAACGGCGGCAUCCAGCUCUAGUGAAGCCAAAACGAAGCAAAAAACCGAAGCCUCGAAACUGGGAACCGAAACUAGCGACCCAGUGAUUAAGAUUCCCGGAGUGGAGGUCGUGAACACAUUCGGAAAGAAGAUUCUGAUGGCCACGCAGGACUUCCAAAACCUGAUGGGGGUCGUCCAGCGCAUGACCAAGAAGGUGGAGGCGAAAUUAGGCAACAACACAAAGCCUCUCUCCUUCUCCUCGCCCCUCAACACCAACGUCUCCAGUCUGGUGAGUUUGCUGCUCGACUCUUCCCGUCUGGAGGAGAUUCGAACCGCGGGACUGACUGCCAAAACUGAGGACGAGUUUCUGGACCACCUGACCUCCGUGCUGAUUGGCGAGGAGACAAGAGGCACUGCGCUGACCCUUGACCCCGUGACCAUCAUUGCGCUGCUCACUCUUGCCGCGUACCUGAUCAGGGCCGUGUAUCAGGUGCUUACAGUCACUGGGAGGUCCAUGGAGGUGGCUGACCUGAUGUUGCCCCUUCACCUCUCCGACGUGCCCUUCGCCAUGGCCAGUAUUCAUGACUGGAUCUCCGCCCCCCAAGGUGUCACUGUCAGGGAGAAGCGGUCAGUGAAUCAUCUGGUGGGCAACAUUCUGGACAUCCCUGGCAGUCUGGCAGCCAUCAUUAAGUUGUACAGGGAGGGACACCGCCGCUGCGUCAAGCCCUUUAUUUGUGAGCAGAUGGAGAGGAGAGCUUUUCCUGAAGUCACCCUCACCGAUAUGUUGAUCUCUGGUCUCGGUUACUACUUCGGCGAGGACAGCUGGGGGACCUUCAUUGAUAACACCCUCACAGCCAGGAGCGCCGGAUGUGAUGUGCUGCCAGUUGGGUGCUCCGCCAGGACGCUUGAUGAUGCUCACUACCUCGAGAACAUCUAUACUCGUGCUUCUUAUAAAUUCUUUGAUCUCCUUGCCCGCCUGACUGGUCUUGUGUAGGGAACUGUUGUGGCUUGUUGGUGUUGUGUGUGUGUGUGUGUGUGUGUGUGUUUUGUUGUUGUUUAUUUUUCUUGUUCUUGUUCUGGUUUCUGUUGUUCUUGUUGUUUUUUUUUAUUUUUGUUUUUUGUUUUUCUUGUAGUUUUUGCUCUUGUUCUUAUUUUUGUUCUUUUUUUCUUCUUGUUGUUUUUGUUCUUGUUUUUCUUGUUCUUUUUUGUUACGUGGUGGAGUUCCUGAGGUGUUGUUCAUGUUGUUGCUGUUGUUGUUAUUUUUUAUUUAUUGUUGUUAGUUUCUUCAUAUCACAUGUAUCAUAUUUUGUUUAUCACUUCAUCUUUUUUCUAUAAUUUCGUUUUACUGUUUAUUUUUUUUUCGUCUCAUAGUUUUCCAAUUAAGUUUCGAUUUUCUGUGUAAACUUUAUAUCAUUUUUUUCUUUCUUUAGCAAUUUCCUUACAGUCUUUUACGUAUUUUCUCCUUAAGUUUAGAUUUCAUCAUAGAUCUCUCCAUUAACAGUCCUUUAUGACCGUGUUGUUUGGCGACUAUAAGCAAAUUAGUCAGUCGGUCAGUCAGUUAGGCAGUCAGUCAGUCAGUCAGUCAGUCAGUCAGUCAGUCAGUCAGUCAGUCAGUCAGUCAGUCAGUCAUUCAGUUAGGCAGUCAGUCAGUCAGUCAGUCAGUCAGUCAGUCAGUCAGUCAGUCAGUCAGUCAGUUAGGCAGUCAGUCAGUCAGUCAGUCAAUCUUCCUAUUAAGUUAAACCACUAUUCUGACAUAUAUCAUCGUUCCUAAUUCAAACACUUCAUUUUUCCUCGAUUUCCUUUAUUUUCUUACUGAUUUAUUUCCUUCACCUUCUAAAAAUUAAUAAACAAGACGAAAUUAUCACCAGUCAGUCAUUUAGUUGUUGUUAAUCAUGUUAUCUUGUAGUUUAUGUUAUUGAUUUGUUUCCUUUUCUUUCGUGUAUCAGUUUUUGGAAUAGUUAUUUUAUUUUUUUAUUUGUAAGUUUUUUUUUUUUAUCGGUCAAUUUUCAUAGUCUUUAUCUGUGUUAUUUCUGUCAUUUACUUAUUGUUUCGUUCAUGUCAAUUUAUGGAAACCUGUCACUUUUUUUUUUGUAUCAUCUGUACUUUUUCCUAUACACUUGUUCCGUUUUCUGUCAAUCCCUGAAAUAAUGCCGGUCUUUUAUCGUUAUUGUAAUUUCUGUAAUUCAUCGUGUCCGUUUUCUUUAUCUGUCAAUUUCUGGAUCAACUAUUUUUCAUGUCGUUUCAACCACCUCUGUCUCCCCUGCCACCUGAAGCCAUCACCAGUACCUGUUCCCUGCCAGCCACGUGACCUGUCCCCUGUCAGCUUGUUUGCACGUGUCAGUCUCCCCUGUCAGUCUGCCACGUGUAAGUCAGCUGAUUAAUAUUGCAGUCUUAGUUUUAUUUAUUUAUCCUUUAAUUUAUCUAACAUACACACACAUUGGUUUAUUAUGUUCGUACGUCCGUUGAGUAGAUGUAUGUGUGUGUGUGUGUGUGUGUAUGUGUUAUGUUCCCAUAUUCUUUGUACACAUAUUUAACUAUACCAAUUAGUAAAAAAAAAAAAAAAAAAGGUAAUAUUUAUGUAGGGAAAAUUGUUAAAAGUUGUUACCUAUUAAUAAAAAUAUGAAAUG